GCUGCGUGGGGGCGGGAAGGGGCUUCCCUCAGGGCGCCCCGUGGGCUCCGCCGCCGCCGGGGUGACUCGGGUGGGAGUGGAGCGCCUCUCCCUCGCCGCCCUGCCGGCGGGCAGCGCCCUCCCGCCGCCCCGCCCCGCCCGCGGCUGAGGGGGCGCGGUGGCGGCCCUCACGGCGGCCCCUCACGCUGCCCGCGCCGUGGGGCCUGUCCGCGGAGCCUCGCGCUGCCGGCAGAGCCGGUCCUGCCGCCCGCGGCCUCGGGAGGCGGCGUGAGGGAGCGUGGAUGCGGCUUCCUCUCCAUGUUUGUUUCCUUCCUCAGGGGGAGAGCCGCGGCCCCGGGCGCAGGGCGGAGCGGCUCUGUUUCCAGCUGAUGGUGCGGGAGCCGGAGGUUUGGUGGGAAUAGUGGCUGAAGGACCCCACGUCCGCACCGAAACAAUUAAGAAGGAAAAGAGGCUUGAAUCGGUGGUGUUGCAGGCCUCUCGCUGUUUCCUAUGGCCAGCACGGGGCUGGCCGCUGCAGACCCCCGGGUACUGGCCUUAGCUGCUCAGGUCACUGAGAGCAGAGAACAGGACAUCCCCCUGCUACUUCUGAAGUUAAAGGAAAUUUUAAACAGUGUUUCCUUGGGAUGUGAAGCAUCCAAAAAAAUUAAGCAAGACAUAUACGAUUAUGAACUUACUCAGUACUGCCUGCUGGUCCUUAGACAAGACCACUCUCGACUGCGUGGAGGCUGGGCUACAGCUACCCAGCUAGCAGAGCUACUAAGUCAUUGUUGUGUAGGGCUAGAGGUGAAAGAAGAUCCUGAAGAAUUUUACAAGAAAUUUCUUCCUUCAGCUAUAGACAACUUGCUGUUUUUGGGAAGACGCUUGCAAGCACGAUUUGUCCGAGCAAUCAAGGAUGAAGAAAAACAAGAUUUUUUACGCUGGUUCCAAACAGUAACUGAUGCCAUCUGCUGGCUGUUCGGUGGACAUAUUCAACUGGCAGCGUGCGUACUGCAAAAUGAUCACUUUCUGCAGUUGCUAAUAACAGAUGAUGUUGAAACAGCAAUUAUAACGAUGUCUGUUUUACACAAUACUGUGAGGGUCAAUAGUUCUGUCUUGCUUCAGGUUGAUGAAGAGACCCUUCACGCUAUUUUGGAUGAACUUGUUUAUAAGCUGUCAUCUACCACCAAUCCUGUCGUAGGAAAUGCUGCUACAAAACUGCUACUGUUGGUGGCAAAAGUUUGCAGGCAGCUUGUGAAGUUACUCACAGCUCGCUACAGAGGGUUAAAAGGGCUUUUAAGUAAACAGUGGACUGGCAAAGGAUUUGACAAGGAUCUCAGUCAACUCUUGGACCUUCUGUACUUGGAACAAUCCAAUGGAAACGGAGAAAUGCAGAGGCAGCAUCAAGCAGCUUGUAUAAUCCAGGCUGUGUGGAGGGGAUUUCAAACAAGGAAAAGGCUGAAAAAACUACCUCAAGCAGUGACUAUUUUACAGAGGAGCUUCAGAGCUAAACGGGAACAGGAGCUGCAGCAUUUAAAAAAACAGAAGGAAGAUGAGGCUCUAAAACUGCAAAUGCAACUUCAGAGACAGAGGGCCAUGAGACUCUUCCAUGAACAACAGCUGGCCUUACUGGAAACAAUCCAUGCCAGUCAGGUAAAUAAGUACAUGGAGGAUAUGGAGGGGAAAUCAGCAUUAACUAUCCAGAGAUUCUGGCGAGGAUAUAGAGCAAGAAGAAGUUUUCAUCAACAGAGACAAUCUCUUAAGGAGUAUAAAGCAGCUGUCAUCCUUCAGAGAGCUGCUUGUAAAUUCUUGGAAAAACGAAGAAGGAGGAGACCUCUCUCUCCUUGGAAAGAUCCCAAGGGACUGACUGAUGAGCAGAGACUAGCUUUGCAGCAGAAGGUGGAUGACUACAUCAAAUUGCAUCCGGCUUCCCAAAUGUCAGAAGAAAUGAGUAAAGAAUUACAUAUGCAGGCCCAGGAAAAGCUGGCACAGUUCCUGUUGAGGAGCAGACUGGAUCAGAGAGCAGCGCGGCGGAGAGAGACGUUACUGGCUCAGGUCAACACCGAUGUGGAGCUGCUAAUGAAUGCUCCAGGGUUAGCAGAGACCACGGAAAAAGAUCUUGAUGUCUUUAUGAGUCGAUCAAUCCCUGUCGCCACUAAGGCAAGACAAUCCCACAACACUAUGCUGAAAUACACUCGCUGGCCAUGGUGGAAGAAGCUUGGAGAUGAGUUCAUGGAGGAUGAUGUCAUUCCCGAUGAUGCCCUAAAUGCAGAACUGGGAACUCUAUUUAUUGGUGGAAGGAAAUCUGUUUAGUAAAGCUAUAUGGGAGCGUUAUUGCUACAGCUUCAGCAGCAGCAAACAAUCUGGAAAAUAAAAUCCUCGGAUGGAUAUGGAUAAAGAAAGAAGGGAUCAUGACUGUUCUUCUGCCGAAGGUGCCACCAGAGUCAUGGAGCAGGAAGAAGGCAGCAAAAGGAACAAAAAGAAAAAAAAAAUAUCACUCAGCCCUUUCAGAGCCAGAGACAAAGCAGUGUCCUCUGCUGGCUCCUGCAAUUGAGGAAAAUUCCUAUUUAUGCAGACAGAUACUUCUUUUUUCCAGCUUUAGCUGUAACUGGACUCUGAAACAACAGGAUGCUGAUCUCCAGCAGACACAGGCGUGCGUGCGCUUGAGACUAUGCUGCGAAGUCCAAGGGCAUCUCCUGCCCUUUCAGACUGGCUGUAACAGGAGCUCUGAGCUGAGGACAGGAGAUAACCCUGAUGCUAUUUCACCUCUUGCCUCUGAGUCUUCUACUGCUGAUUUCCAUGGGAGCAGAAUCUGGUACAAACAUCUGCCCUCCAUUGCAGAGUAUCACGUACAUCAAGUACAAGGAGAAAUGAAAGCUUUCUCCAAGCAGCGGAAUGGGGGCUAUUUAUAAAUUAGCAUGCAUCAGAAAAGGAGGCAGCUCUUUGCAGGGGUGUCCUGGCUGCCAAUCAGGCCUAAACCACAACAAGGGGGAGCUGCAAAGAUCAUCGCAAUAAGUCUCCAAGUUCUUAUCAUCCUCUAUAGCACAGUAACACUGGGUCAUCCUCCAGGCAUCCUUGUAUACGGUGAAAAACUCUGUAAUAAAGAGAUUGUUUACUGAAUGAGCAAUAUACAGGCCCAGAUUUACCAGGGGCAACUAAAGGACGGGUGUGUCACGUCCCCUCUCCCCUGCCCCCCCAAAAGCAAGGCUGGCUUUGCUCGGGCUGCUGCCUUCGGCCAGGGGGGCAAAGGCUGGUGGGUGAGGAGCAAGGUUGGGACACGGCUGCUCUGGCAAUUUUUCCCAGCUGUGCCAGCGAACUCCUCUGUGACCUUGAACACAUUUUGUCUCUGCGUCUGUCUUCUCUCUCAGAUGAAGUUUACCGAGGAGGUUUCAUAUGUUGGAUUGUAAUUUAAGAGUCUUCAGUGAAGGAUGCUGUGUGAGCCCAGUGCCGCUGAAAUCCUAAGGUGAAAUGGGAGUUUGACAGACCACAGAAUGAAAAAACAUGUAUAAUCAGGUGUUGAACACACAUAAAGGGUUCAGGGUUGCCAUGCCAUUGAUUUCUCUCUGAGUUCAGCUUUUCUCUUCAGAAUUUAGUUCUUCUCUACUUAAUUACAUCAUCAAACAGAAACAAUGUCUUUACAUCUGCUUGAUCACUUAAUGAAACCCAUGAAAGUGAGCAAUUCUGAUCAGGGAAACUUCAUUUAACAAGUCUUACCAAUCCAGAACCUGCCUGUUUGGAAUGAGAUGAACAUACACACAUACAAGAUGGAUAAUAAGAUGCAGCUCAAUCUAGCAUUACAUGAUAGAGCCAGUGAACUGUGACACUUAAUCCUAGAAACAAUGAAAGCAACCAUCAAGUUUGCCAAGUCCUUACUGUCUGAAAGGGAAGAGGCGUUCAAGCUGGCACUGCUACCCCUAAAAU